AUGGGAACGUUUAAGAUGAAGGUCCACCAGCACUGGCUGUUUAUGCUUUUCUUUUUUCCUCUAUCAAGUGUUUUUUGUUUCAGCGAGUUGUCCUUCAUCACGGAGCCCAGUGACAUCACCUUACUACCAAAGGACCCUGCUGUCUUGGACUGUCAGGCUCAUGGCCUUCCUCCAGUCACCAUCAAGUGGCUGAAGAAUGGAGUUAAAUUGGCAGAAAGUGAGCACGUACAUUUUCUGCCCAACGGCUCCUUGUACAUACCAAUGAUAGAUCAUACCAAGGAGGACUCAGAUGAAGGAUUCUACCAGUGCCUCUCCCAGAAUAAAUAUGGAGCUAUCCUAAGCCAAAGAUCACGUCUGACUAUCGCAAGUAUCUCAGAGUUUGUGUUGCAUCCUGUGCCUAUGGUGGUGACUGAGGGCUCAUUGGCACGAUUCUCCUGUGCUGCCACCUCUAGCCCUCCUGCCACUAUCACCUGGGAGCUCAACCAAAAAACAUUACCGCUACAAACAGAAAGAAUAACAGUUUUGCCCAACGGAGUCCUUCAGAUCCACAAUGUCCAGUUUGAAGAUGCUGGACAAUAUCGAUGUGUGGCAACUAACAUUGGCAGCCAUUUGAAGAGUAGAGAAGCCACACUGAAAGUCAACCCAGGUGUAGGCCCUAAGCCACGUCAGAGGCCCAAAAUCAUUGCAGGACCUCAGAAUGUCACAGUUUCUCUUCACCAAACGGUGGUGCUGGAGUGUGUGGCCACAGGCAAUCCCUGGCCCAUCAUCUCCUGGAGCCGUGCUGACAGUAAACCCAUUGAUGUGUACAACGCCAAAGUGCUGGGCAAUGGAAACCUUGUUAUUGCCGAUGUCAAUUCCAAGCACAGUGGAGUCUACCUCUGCAGAGCCACCACCCCUGGAACCCGCAACUACACUAUUGCUGCAGCCAACCUCACAGUUCUAGUGCCACCAUCCAUUGUCGAGAGGCCAGAGAGCCAGACCCGCCCGAGAGCAGGCACUGCCCGGUUUAUUUGCCAAGCAGAGGGAGUGCCCCCGCCACGCAUCAUGUGGCUAAAGAAUGGAGAAGAUGUUCACUUAAAUGGGAGGAUUAAGAUGUACAACAGUAAAUUGGUGAUUACCCAGAUCAUCCCUGAAGAUGAUGCCAUUUAUCAGUGCGUGGCAGAGAGUGCACAGGGCUCAGAGCUGUCCUUGGCUCGCCUUAUUGUUGUCAUGUCCGAGGACAGGCCCAGUGCACCAAGAAAUGUCCACGCCGAGACCAUCUCAAGCUCUGCUAUCCUACUGGCCUGGGAGAGACCUCUCUACAAUGCAGACAAAGUCAUUGCCUACUCCAUCCAUUACAUGAAGGCUGAAGGUCUAAACAACGAAGAAUACCAAGUUGUCAUUGGCAACGACACGACCAGUUAUAUCAUCGAUGACCUUGAGCCAGCUAGAAACUACAGCUUUUACAUCGUUGCUUAUAUGCCAAUGGGAGCCAGUCGUAUGUCAGACCAAGUCAGUCAGCAUACCCUGGAGGAUGUGCCUUUGCGUACCCCAGAGCUGAGUCUGAUCAGCCGGAGCUCCACAGAUAUUCAGGUGGUUUGGCAGCCGCUGCCUGCCAAGCUGAGCCGCGGUCGGUUGUCUGCAUACAGACUAUCCUACCGUACAGCUGCGGACAGCACUGUCACCUCUGUGGAGUUACCUCAGAACAGCACCGAAUAUCUGCUGGAGGGCCUGCAGCCUGACACCAUCUACCUGCUUCGCAUGGCUGCAGCCACCCGUGUGGGCUGGUGUGAGCCUUCUGCAUGGACCUCGCACCGCACACCUAAGACCUCCAGCAGCAAAGUGCCUUCAGCCCCUACUCUUCAACUUGAGCCGCUUAACUGCACCUCCAUUGUGGCACGCUGGCAAACCUCCCAACAGUCUGUGGUUGUCCAGGGUUACCAGCUGUGUUACCAUGAGGAAGGCCACCCGGAGCAGCCUAUCAUCCAGCUGCAGGCUCAAACCUAUACCCACACCAUCAGUGGCCUUGACCCAAGGAGAAAGUAUCAUGUCAAGAUUCUGGCUGUCAGUCCAGCUGGAGAUGGCUAUCAGACAGACCAAACAAUUAGUACCCCGGGAUGUGUGUCGGCUAGAGACCAACUGGCAUCAGCCCCUCCGCCUCCAGAUCACGUGACUGUUUUGGCCAAGAAUUCAUCUGCAGUGACUUUGAGCUGGAGCCGUCCUACCUUCCCCUCUGGAAAGGCCGUCACCUAUACAGUCCGGUGUACACCUGUGGGCACCCACAACGCCUCUGCUAUACGCUACCUACAAACGACCAGGCAGAGAGUGAUGGUUCAGAAUUUGGAUUCAAACACUCGUUAUGAGUUUGUUGUGCGUCUUCAUGUGGACCAGAUGUCGAGUCCCUGGAGUUCUGUCUUUCACCAUCAGACUCUACCAGCAGCACCUAGCCAACCACCGGCAGGAGUGCGAGUGAAUCUGAUCGAGGACGACACUGCUCUGGUGUCCUGGAGGGAGCCCAUAGAGCCCAAUGUGGUGGUGACGCGCUACACCAUCCUGUACGCUUCCCAGAAAGCCUGGAUCACGGGACGCUGGCAAAUACUGCAGAGGGAGGGGAGCCACACAAUGGCCUUGCUGGAGAAGCUGGAGGCAGGGAGUGUUUACCUGGUGAAAAUCUCGGCCUCCAACCACGUCGGCGACGGGCCGUUCUCUAACAUCGUGGAGUUGGCGCUGAAGCGUGGAAACACCCACCGCAGCAAGAACCCCCGGCACUCUGACACCUUCCCCGAUACAACAGUCAUUUCUGACGGUCUCUACCACAUAGACCAGAGGUCAAUGACUGGGAUCAUCGUGGGUGUGAGCAUCGCCCUGGCCUGUAUAGUUAUGUGUGCCUUAAUCCUCAUCAGUAAGGGAAGACCAAGGAAAUCCUCCAGCCACAAAGUCAUUGCUGUGGGAGCUGCUGAAGGUCCACAUGCUGGUUUGUCUCUGCCAAACGAACACCAUAGAGAGAACAUAGAGGCUCUUAUACCCAUGAUAAGCCACCACUUCCUGGAUACCGAGGGUGAAGCUGAUAUGGGCAUGAAUAGUGCCGGUCCAAUCAGCAGCAAGAAUCAGAGCAAGCGGUGGCUGCUCUUCAAAAGGGAGACCAGGAAUCCAGCUGUGAGUGAUGCGGAGAGGAGAGCCAGCUUGUAUGAAGCUGGCAAAACGGUUUUGAGGUACGAAGAGCAGUUAGGUUCGCCGCCCUUGCCACCUUCGUCCCGGGAGAUCAUCUAUGAACCGUAUCGCUCGGAGAGCUCUCACACCAGUGAGGGCAGCCAAGAGACGGGAGACUCUGGACACUACUCCAACGAAGAAAGCAACGAAGAGAUGAGCAACCCUUCCACCAGCCGAAGCUCCCGACCGGAAUCCUUCGGGUCGGUCGAUGGUCCCACUGCCGCCGAGCUGAAACAGUCUUUUGAGGUGGAAAAGGAGGAGAUGCUGAGCCGUCCCCUCCAUCACUCCGGCCCCGAUGCGACCCACUUCUGCUGCACCUCAGAGUGCGCUCAUCCCGCCCUGCACACGUCGCAAGCUGUCGCCUCCUGACACCACCCGGCCUAGAUCUGCUCUCCAGCAGCCGAAGCUUUCGCCACUUCUACCUCGUUUGCUUCCUGAGAUGAGCCCCUUGGUUAUUUCCUGAGGCACAAGGGAUCGGGAAGCCGGCUGCCGCGAUGGACGAAAUGUGCGUUUGCUUCGGCUCUACCUCAGGAUUUCUUAUGAAUGUUUGUUAUAACAUUUAAUUUCCUUUUUUUUUAAACGUUCUACCUGUUUGUCUGUUUGGCGUUGUCUGUCCUAAACCAAAGCUCACCCAUGAUGAAUGUUAAGAAGAAUGUCAGAAAUGUACUGUGAUACAUGUUCAUUAUAUUGAAUUACUUUCCACUGGAGCAGAGGGUGAAGUGGAGCCCUUUUGACUGAUUAUCUACCUCCGUAUUCUGUUCUUGUGUAUACAUAACUACCUCCUUUUCACCAUAUAUUGUGCAGUAUUAUCUCAGACUCAGGGGACAAGGUGAACACAUUUUAUUGCCAUGUCUUGAAACCUCCGUUAGGACGUCAUCGUAUAGAGGUCCUUACUUUUUGAAUUUUCGAAACUUUUUUUUUGCGCGGUUUUAGGAGCUUUUGUUUCACAUUGUUUGUUUUUGAAUGAUUGAAAUUGUGAACAUAACAAGUGCAUUAGAUAUUGUCAAGCUAAUUGAGCUUUAUCUUACAGUAUUGUUUGGCAUUUCCAGUGCACUGAACUCAAAGCUUUAACAUGGCCUUAGUAUCGAAAAGGGCUUUGCAUACUAUAGAAAAUGAGCUCCAAAGACACGGAGAAUUGUACCCAAAGAGAUAAAAGAUAUUCUAAAGCAACCAAAAAUAUAGAGAAUAUACAUUAAGGGUGCAUUUGCCAAAAUAUUGUUCUUGCCAAUGAUGUACAUUUCCCUUCGAACGGUGGUUUGAUGCUUUAUUCUGGUGAAAGCUUUAGCACAAGUCUCCCCGGCUUGUGGUCCAUUUGCCUUCUCGACCAUUGCUAAAUGCAGCGGUGAUGCCGAUGCUACUAUCCAAAGAGUUGUCUCCUUCCUCAGAUGGGUAUGGCUUUUCAUUCAGUGGGUCCUUGGUACUAUGAGGUGGAAAUAUUUGACACAUGACCAAAGAUCCAGUUUGUCUUGCCAGUGAUAGAUGAUGAUAUUUAUUCUUUGUUUGGAGAGAAAUCUGUUUCCGAUCAAGAAUAUAGCUUUAUGGGGGAGAAUUAUCUUUCUCUCUCCAUGAUAUGCCACGUCCAGGUGUGACAAUGAAGGAUUCAGACUAUCGAAAUGGAAACCCUAUGUGUGAAGAGCAACAUAAUCAAUUUUUAUAUCUUUGUAAUACAAAUAAUCCGAACCAAAGAAAUUUGAAAUUUAGUGAUUUUCUUUGGUUUUCAUUUAUAUUAUUUGCAUUAAAAUGUGAUAUUUCCAAUGGUUUUGAUUGCUAGAAAGGCAUUUUUACAUAG